AGGUGACCAUCUUUAUUUCACAAUCGCUCAGACCAAGAGCGAGUACGGGAACUCUCUGAACUGCUCUCUGUCUGCUGAGACAGGACCUCUCUGUCUGGACUGACCAAUCAAAUUUUUGCAGCAGGAGCAGGUUCAGGGGAAGGUACACGGUGCAUUACAGAUACAUAGUUUAGGAAUCGGUUCAAAUUAGGAGCUCUAUCAGAACCAUUCACACAUUCAACAGCCGGACCUACGACAACAACGACCAAGAGUAGCAUCCAUGGACGGGUCCCCUUCAGGUCUGCCUAUUCCUGUAGCGUACCAGAAUACUGGUCGUCAUGGAACUGUGUCAUUGCAGUGGCUGAACAAAGGAGACAAUGCGUGGCAGAUGACAGCAGCCACAUUGGUGGGACUGCAAUGUGUGCCCGGACUCAUGAUUCUAUAUGGAAGUAUAGUGAAGAAGAAAUGGGCCAUCAACUCCGCCUUCAUGUCCUUUUACGCUUUUGCUGCCGUUCUCAUCUGCUGGGUGAUCUGGGGAUACAAAAUGUCAUUCGGUGAGAAGCUUCUUCCUUUCUGGGGGAAAGCAGGGCCGACACUUGGUCAGGCAUAUCUGCUCCAACAAGCCCAACUCCCUGCAACUACAACCCCAUACUACCCCGCUCUCCAACCAUUCUAUCCUAUGGCCACACUGGUUUACUUCCAAUUUGUCUUUGCAGCUCUCACCUUGAUCCUAGUAGCAGGAUCUCUUCUCGGAAGAAUGAAUUUCAUCGCCUGGAUGCUAUUCGUACCAUUAUGGCUCAGUUUCUCUUACUCAGUGGGAGCAUUUAGUCUCUGGGGUGGUGGUUUUCUGUUUCAAUGGGGCGUCAUAGACUAUGCCGGAGGAUACGUCAUUCACCUGUCGUCUGGAGUUGCUGGUUUCGUCGCUGCCUAUUGGGUGGGUCCGAGAAACGAAAGGGAUCGCAGAAGUUUUUCCCCCAACAAUGUGCUGCUUACUUUGGCAGGAGCUGGUCUUUUAUGGCUGGGCUGGAAUGGGUUCAAUGGUGGAGCACCAUACGCAGCUAACCUCAUCUCUCCCAUGGCGGUGCUCAACACCAACAUCUGUGCUGCAACCAGUCUGAUCGUCUGGACCAGUAUCGAUGUGCUCGUGUUCAAGAAGCCUUCGGUGAUUGGAGCCGUCCAGGGUAUGAUCACGGGUUUAGUGGCCAUCACUCCAUCUGCAGGGUUGGUGCAAGGGUGGGCUGCGAUCGUGAUCGGCAUCUUCGCCGGCACCAUUCCCUGGUACACCAUGAUGGUGCUGGGGAGGAAGAAGAGCGGGCUGCUGUCGACGGUGGACGACACUCUGGGAGCAUUCCACACUCACGCCGUCGCAGGAACAUUGGGAGGCAUCCUGGCAGGAUUCUUCGCGCAGCCGACGCUGUGCAAUUUGUUCCUGCCCAUCCCCAACGAACGCGGAGCCAUCUAUGGAGGCUCGAGAGCCGGGCUGCAGCUGGCCAAGCAGAUCGUCGGAGCCCUGUUCGUGGUGGCCUGGAACAUCGUGUCGACCACCAUCAUCUGUAUGGCCAUUCAGCUCGUGGUGCCGCUGCGCAUGUCCGAGGAGGAGCUGGCCGUGGGAGACGACGCUGCCCACGGCGAAGAAGCUUACGCUCUCUGGGACGAUGGUGAUAAGUUUGAUAUCCAUGUAACCAGGCACAGCGAGAGUGUGAAUGGCGCGAGUGAGUAUGACGACAUGCCAAUGCCACACUCUAACAUCCAACUCCAAAAGAUGUAGGACCUCGUGUAAAUCCAGCUACGUGAGCAACGUGAAAUCACUUCACGUCCUUGCGCUUGGGUACAGGAACAUGGAGAAGCAAUAAAGUAGCACCUCGCGCUCGAUCGAUCGAAUCAUUCGCUUAACCGGAUAACAACAAGACAAGACGAUGACGAUGACGUCACAGGGCCUCACAGAUUCUCAUCUCAAUCACGAGAUGCUUGAACAGCCCUCUCUCUCUUAUCAACCUCACCCAUAACCCCUUACAUUCAUUCGCUGGGAGGGUGACGAAACGGUGCAACUUUGCGUCCAAUUCCAUCAUCAUUCGUUGAACCGGAUGCCGACCUCCUUGAGGCAUCGUGUUGCUCACCAUUCUAUUUGUAUGUACUUAGAGUUAGAGACGCACACUGACCUGGCUAAGUCUUAAAUUCAUGGUGACACUCAUCACCCUUAGAGUUCACAAGUCAACCAUCUCGGGGAUCAAGUAGUAUGUAGGAUGGAUUUCCAUCGCCCCUCUAAUAGCACCUCUGAUAGAUGAUGAUAGCUAGAUUUAUAGACAUGGAUGGCAUCGACCAAACUAACAGAACAGAUCUUUGAACCGUGCAGUGCAGUGCAGUGCGAAGCACGUAACACCGAAGAUUAUAGGAUUAACUUCAAGCACUCUCAUGUUGGAAUUUGUUUAGACCUUAGAUUGAUCUUCAGGCUACGCGACGACCCUCUUGUAAAGAAUUUGCUGCAGUUUCAUAAAAGUUUUAUCCCACCCCGCCGUGUACGUGUAGCAGAAGGAUAUGGCGUGUAAUACUAUACUACCCUUCCGUUCAUCUUCAAGUUGGUCUCAAACAGGUCGAGCCGAACAAUAUUUGGAAGACUCGCACAAAAGUUUCAGAGAAUCAGAAAGGGUACCUUAAUCAACUGGAGACGCCAUGCUUGCAUCCAUAACAAGGUUAGGUUCGAUCUGGUUAGGUUAGGUUAACGACAAACAGAAUCGAAUUCCCAGAAGAAGUG